UAACCCCACCGUUAAAAAAAGACACUUGUCCAUCCAUAAUAUAAUAUCAUCAUCACACGAUGUUAUCGUCUGCUGUUUGUCCACUGUCUUGUCUUGGGGGCCGGGUGGCGACGUGCGGAAAAAUAUCCCAUGUCCUGCUUUAAUGUAAAGAUGCUUCAUUGAGUUUAACCUGAUGAUUAUGGAUGCUGGACUAAUUACAGACGAGGAUGGAUUUGGAAAAGAAGAAAACACCAACCCAAUGCAUCUGAAUCACCCAUGGUAUUAUCAGCCACAAUAUGAUAGGUAUUGGCAACAUUACUCGGCGAUGCAAUCAUGGAUGCGGUCGUACCUUGUGAUGCUUAGAAAUAGGCAUCCAGCUUUCAAUUACCCAUCUAUGACAAAUCAAUGUUAUAGUUACCCCAGUUACUCAACAAGUUAUCCAGUUAUGGGUGGACCCUUACCGUCCUGGAAUACUGGUAAUCAGCACAGAGACCAGUCGCCUUAUUACCAUCACACUUUUUCACAUGCAAGAGGUCAUCAUUACAAUGAGAGUGAAUUCAAUAACCCUGAUGAAUAUCCCGCUGAGGGAAGAAGUAGUGAUGAUGAGAGUAUGGAAAUUGAGAUGAGCCAAGAAAUGAUAGACUUUUUUAAGACAUCACAAAAAUUUAGAGAGGAAAGGGAUAAAGCGAAAGCUCAAGCAGCAAAUACAGAGAGGAAAGGAAAUGAGAGAAAAAAGAAGAAAAAUCACAGAAUGGAAAGCAGUGACUACAGGGCACCAGUGGAAAGACCAGAUGAAGGGAGACGAAAAGAAAUGAAGGUUCUAUAUGGAAAAGACUGUGCAAGAAUUCAUGGUAUGGAGACAGCAAUGCAGAUGCAGUUUGAUCGAAAUUGUGAUCGUUUUACACCUGCCUUCUGGCCAAUUGUUGCUAUCAAAAUGUAAAGUCAAGCGUUCUGGACGUUCUUUAAAAAGAUACCGCUUUGUAACUCCUGUACACUCGUCCAUAUGAGAGGUGACAUCUUUAAUCCUAUCAGCCGAUGAUAAAUAAAUCUGUAUUAGAAGUAACUCCUCAACUGAUUGAACUUCAUCACAUGUUUGCUGCAUUUUGUUUUGGUGAUGUUGGACAACUUUUCUCUCAUUAAAAAUUUCAUGCUAUAAUAAAGAACCAUUUCAGGGCUUAUCACAAGUAGACAAUUUAUUUGAUAUUGUUUUAUAAAUAAAUGGAAAAUGGAAAAACGGGAGGCUCAAAUUCUCAGAGGUUUGAUAUCCAUGUAAUUUAUUUUGAAAUCAAACUUCAAUUAUAGUGGCACUAUACUUACACUCGUACUUUUUUUUUAACUACUUUUAAAAUAAGAUAUAAUAAUGUGAUAAUAAGAUGUGGAAACCUGUUUAGGAAACCAUGACUAUUGGAUACACUGACUUUAUUUCACAAAGCAACAACUUUUAUAUUUGAUAUGUACUGUGUUUUUAUGACAACAUCAAACAGUGGUUUUUAAUUCAGGCCAAUAGACCCGUUGUACAACGUGCAGCGCACUAGCACACUCAGUCUCCUGUCUGCCAUUUUUGGGUGUAAAAAUAUGCACAAAAGGAUGGUACAUUAUAAGUUUACGCACCUCCAAUCAAUGCGCGUCUGCCAUUUAUGCCUUUUUUGGGAGUCCACCUUUUGUGCAUGUCACUUUGACACAAAAAAUUGCAAAAAGGAGACCUGCGCGUUUAUGUGCUGCGCAUUUUGUGGAUCUUGGUACUUUGGGGUAUCAUGCCAUAUCUACAAAAAAAACAGAGAUACAGCUUUUCCCCCUCUAUGUUUCUGAGUAUGUCUAGCCCCCAUUUAUGUCUGUGUCUCCCUCACCCUCACCUCCCUAUUUGAAAUCUGGAAUUUUGAGAUUAAAACUUUGGCAAUUAAAAUAUGAGGUUACAUAGAAAUACCAGUGUUUUUGAAACUCUUUUUCUAAGAACUUGCAGUCAAUGUAUUUAGUUUUUACACCCAAAGCAGAUUUUCUUUACAAAUUUAAUGGUUACUCUUAGUCUCCCAAACUGACACAAACGAUCUGGUCAAUCUUAUACCUUAAUAAUAUCAACAAUAUUGCAGACCCCAUAAUA